AUGUCAAUAGCAAUUUGGCCUCCCGUGGCCCCAGAGGAGCUGAUAAAAGGGAAACAGGAAUGCCUCGCCCGCGAGCUUGAAUGGAUCGUCGUAGAAACACACGAGAUCCUCAAGGACAUCCGCCACGGCCUGCAGGACUGCUAUGCUCUCCUGGCGCCCAUCGACCCGGGAAGCACUCUCGUCAUGAGCACGCAGCGUAACGAGCGCAUAAAGGGCACAGUAACCCGGGUCGGCACGCGGAUCAUCAAAGGCACAAUUCACCUCCAGCUCAAAACCCUCCCAACGCAGACCCUGAACCUCGACGCUUCGCACCCAGUCCACAUCGCGGCUCUCGAAACAAUUCAUACCCACCUCACAGAAUGCCUCGACCUUCUAUCCCUAACAGACACGCCGAGCCCCUCCAAUAACCCAUCUCAGCUCGCCGCCCAGCUGCGCAUCAUCGCCGCCUCCCUCAACGAGUCUUCCUCCCUCCUCAAAGGCCCGGCCCUGAACGAAGUCGACCACAGCUGGCAGACCGACUCCUGCCCGCCCGUACACUUCACUCCGGCUCUAGGGCCCAACAUCAGCGUUCACCUGGGCCUCCAAGAAUCGAGUCUGGUCCUCUGGCUGCGCGCCCUCGAACCCGUCGAUUCGCCGGUACACUUCGGUACCAAGCUCGGUCUAGCCUUGGGAACAGUCCGAAGACUGGAACACGACGAGAUGGACCGCCCUUUCCGCUUCACGUAUAGCACUGUUACGGAUGGCGGGCUGAAGCACAGGCAUGGCACGGCGCAUCCAAGGAGCAGCGGAAGCAGCCCCAGCGGGCUGGGUACACCAUCCAGUAACGGAGAAGCUACGGAGGUCUUCGUGAGGGAGAAGGUGCGGGUUGAGAGUCUGCCAGAUCCCAAUCUCAUGUCUCUGUCUGCCAAGUUGGUUGCCUUGGGUCACACGCUGGCCAGCGCUAGGAGAAACCUAGCAGCUGUCAUGGGUGAGGAGUUUGACGAGUGA